CCAUCACUGUCGAGGCCGAAAUCAAAUAACAUCUGCAAUCAGAAAAUAAAACCUCAGAUUCCUCGUCUCUUGUCACAGAUCAUUAUAUACUUAUUUUGUAUUCAUACGAUAUUCAAUAAAAUCUAAUGCCAUAUCACGUCAACCCCGGUUUGGCGGUCUCAACUUCGCGAACAUGACCUAAUAGCUUACUGGCGUGAAGCUCAACAUAUCAACUCGGUGCUUUUAGGAUCAUGGCCACGGAGCCACGGCUUGCGACUCGUCUCGAGGAUCCUUUGACUCUGAUGAGGGGUAUUCACCCUUCCGGGUCUCUGCAACUACCACCACUUCAAGAUCCACGACCGACGGAUCCUGCGAGCAGACCGCUUCCUCUUGAACCCAGCACAAGCGCUCAUCGAGAUGCCCCGGCGGACGCGACCAGCACUUUGUCGAGUCGAGCGACCGAGAAGACACGUAAAUCCAACGCUGCAAAAGUUCUUUCGAAAGACCUGGUCUCGACGAAACUUGAUGGAGCAACAGGGAAACCAGACGCGUCUGCGGAAUCGGUUUCAAAAUCUCGAGCCUCAAAGGACCGGCCUUUACCCCAACAAGCUCCAGAGAGUCCCCGGAAAAGACGGAGAAUAGAGAAUGUCAAAGCUCCUGGAGAGUUUGUUCAGCUCCCAAACCCUGCCCAAAAGCCUCCACAAUUUACGAAACCGGCCCCUGCGACAUUGAGUGCGCUACAGGAUCCGCCCCCGAAUGCCGCGUUAUUCCCUCCAAUUUCCACAGAGGCCUUUCCCGAAGAGCAAGCUGCCGCAAAAAAGGUACCGGAAUCUCAACCGAAAAAUAACAAGAGCGCGUCGACUAUCAAGGCAGCGAAGAAGCAAUUGACUCGCCCAAGGAAAAAGUGGACCGAGGAGGAGACCGAUGAUCUCCUUCGUGGCGUUGCAUUGUUUGGAAUUGGGUGUUGGAAAAAGAUACUUUCACAUUCGGAGUUUACCUUCAAUAAUAGAAGCUCGAUUGAUUUAAAGGACAGGUUCCGGACAUGCUGUCCAGACGCCUACCGGAAGCAUAUGAACAACACGCCUUCUGACGGCCAGAGCCCAAGCGCUGGAAGAAUUGCGGGAGAUAUCGGUGGCACUUCCGUAAAGCCUUUAGCUAGCAUCCUCACGGAAAAUAUCUUGAUUGCCUCUGAACCAACAUCGAAUCCGUCGCCUUCGUCAUCGAAACCCCGGAAAUCACGUUCGCAUCGUAAAAACCCUGAAGAUCUAGCUCGUCUGGGAAUUGAAGGACCGUUUCGCAAAGCUGCCCGACGAGAACGGCGAGCUUUCCGGCAAGAGGAAGACGAAGACUUACUGAAGGGUUACAAUAAAUACGGACCUAUGUGGAGCCGUAUUCGAAAUGACCCAAGCUUUAACCUGGGAGAAAGACGUGCUACAGAUCUUCGGGAUCGAUUCCGCAACAGAUACCCUGAAAAAUAUGCCGAAGCUGGGUUCAAAUCUCGGCCACGAGCGACUUCUAAGGCCACCCCGGUCAAUCAGAAUAAAGCUCCUCCGCUGUCCACCGAAGCUGAAGCUAUUGCCAAGAAGAAGAUGCUCGAAAGAGAGCAAGAGCGGGAAGAGCGGAAGACCAGUCGGGAGCAAAGCGAGGACGACCGUGAAGAGGAUAGCUCGGCAGAAAAUUACCGCCCUGGAAUUGGUAAUAGUGAAGAUAGUACCGAUGACGCGGAUGAUCCGGAACUCAUGGUUAGCGGCAGUAUGUUUGAUGAUUGGAACGAGAAUACCUUGGCCCCGUUUCAGAGCAGCAGCGAGUCAGACCUUCACAGAUUUUUUGACAACAUUAAUCCUAUACCCUCGAUCACUCGCCAUCCACCUCUGCAGUCAGCUUCGCACUCCGGACCACACCGACUCCCUCUACUGGAAAGUCCAAGGGGAGCCUUUCGUCGCUCCUACCAACACUCUCAUAUCCAAAUUCUUCUGCUCCGAGCUCCAGCCAAGAUGGCAUUUCAAGUUCACACGAACGGCCCCAAUUUACAUUGCCUGGGCCAAGCGAACUCAUCACUCCUUCAGCGCUUGAUUUCGAGCCAACACUGGGUACACUCAACCCCAGUCAACAGCAGCUCACGAAUAACACUCCUUCCUCAUCCAUUACUGGAAUUCAUUUUAAGCCCGCCGACAUCUUGAAACGGGCCCGCCCCCACCAUUCUCUUGCUCCCACAACCUCUUCGUCCACAAAUCCAUCAGCAGACACCACGAGCCCUGCUGUCCCUAAUACUUCUUCCUCCACCGGAAGGCACGGCUUAGCCCAUAUGCCCUCUCUCGCCACCAGCAUGGAGAGUAUAUCAGCAAAUGUGCAAAACAG